AUGGGAAUCUUUCCAGAAGAUAGUGAUGUUAACAUAGAGACAUUGAUCAAUUUAUGGGUUUCUGAGGGUUUUCUAGGGAAAGAAAUGCUCAAAACGCUGGAAGAAGUGGGAAGAGAUUGCUUGGAGGAUAUUGUUAGUAGGAAUCUCAUAAUGGUUAAGAAGAGAAGAUGGAAUAGUGAGGUGAGAACAUGUGGUGUCCAUGAUCUGGUUCGUGACUUGAUUUUAAGAGAAGCUGAGAAAGAGAAACUCCUGCAGGUUACUAAAAAUCCUUCAGCAGAGAUGCGCCAGGUUCGUCGAUACAGUUUCCAUUCAGGCAUUUAUCAGGCUGAUUUCUUGGAGUCAUCAUCAAGUGAUCUCACCCGCACUGUGCACUUCUUCCAUGGACUAGGUUCUAAACAAGUUCCUCUUUUCGCGCGCUUCAAACUACUUAGAGUGUUGGCAAUUCUCGAUUUUACAUUUGAAGAUUUUCCACUUGAGAUAACAAAAUUAGUACAUCUCAGAUACCUUCAAUUCAACUGUUACGAUGAUCUUCACCGGUUAGUGUCAGAGCUUUAUAAUCUGCAGACCUUGAUUUUUGGUUACCGGGGUGAUAAAACUCCAAAUAUACCUGCAGCAAUCUGGGAGAAGAAACAUUUAAGGCAUCUUCAUGUCAGUAACUUUUUUUCUUUCCAGAUUCCAUCAAGUAAGAUACAGUCUGGUUUCAAGCUACAAAAUCUGGAGGAAUUUUCCUGUCUAUGCUUUUCCAGCUCUACUAGUGAAUUUUUUUCUGCUAUUCCAAAUCUCAAGAGGCUGAAAAUUUCUGGAAAUUGGAGAGAAUGCGAGAGGAAGAAAAUUUCCCAUCGCUUAAAUAAUAUUUCCUGUUUAAAUAAACUUGAAAUAUUGAAGGUCAUCUGCUAUGGAAUAAACCAACCCCCAAUCCCGUGCAAGUAUGCUUUGCCUAUAUCUCUGAAGAGGUUGACUUUGAAAAGGACCUACUUACCAUGGGAAGACAUGGCAAACAUGAUGACGUUGCCAAACCUUGAAGCGCUUAUAAUUAAAAGAAAUGGAUUCUAUGGUGGAGUUUGGAUAUUAAAUGAUGAGGAGAAGUUCAAUCAGCUUAAGUUCCUCCUAAUCGAUUGGACAAAUCUGGAGCACUGGGAAGCUGGCAGUGUCAACUUUCCAAAUCUGCAGUGCCUAGUUGUGAAAAGAUGCAGAUACCUGGAGGAGAUUCCUAAAGACGAUGGGGAAAUUUGUUCCUUGGAAUCAUUAAAAUUGGACGAUUGCAGCAUUUCUGCUGCAAAAUCUGUGAAAGAAAUUCAAGAAGAUCAAGAGAGCAUGGGAAACGAGAUCCUUAGUGUGGAACUGAACAAAUGUUAUACAGAGAAACAAAAAAACGAAAAAAGGAGAAGAGAAAAGGAUCCUUUUGUGCCAAAUGAGAAGCUAUACAUAGAUGAGCUAGAAAUGGUAACUGGACAAAGCAAUUUCACCAAAUGA